GCUCGCGCCAGCAGACAGAGGGAUGGUCUCGCGCUCAGCGGCGGACAGCAGCAGGUCAUGUUGUCCGCGCGGCGGGAGACCUGCCCGCGUGUCACCUUCAGCGGAGCGGGAACUGCGACGACUCCGGCUCGAGGACCUGAGACGGGGAUGGGCGGGGAGGCGUGUCCUCACAAGCUGGGGUCCACCAAUCACCUUCGACUUCUCCUCUACAUCCUGAUUCCCACUGUGAGCCUGUUGGCCGGCCUGCUGCUGCUCGUCCUGGCCCUCACUGGUAUAUUUGGCAGCGGCCUCUUGGACUCCAGCCCCCUCCCCUCCCCCGAGCCCAUCGCCGACGGCGACCCCGGGUACCACGGCAACAGCACAAACCCCUCCCCCUCCUCGGAGGCAGAAAGCGUCACCUCUUCGCCACGGCACCCCGGCGACGACGACCUCGCCUACCAUAGCGAGAGCACGCCCGCUGCGACCGCCAGCGCUCCUCCACCUUCCUCCUCUCAGGCCACACCCACCCGGCCCUACACGCAGCCUCCUGAUUGGCUGACCUCUGUGACAUCGCUGAACUCCGCCUGGCCAAUCAGCACCACCCCAGCAGCCGACACAGGAAGCUGUCAGCUGAUCCUGGAGCCUCAGUGUCACAUGUUGCCCUACAAUCAAACAUGGCUGUCCUCCGCCGCCGCCGUGGUGAAGAGCUCAGAGGUCGACAUGUUGCUAAGGUUCUUCAGUUACCUCAGCAGACUCUCCUGCUACAGGCACAUCAUGCUGUUCGGCUGCUCGCUGGCGCUUCCCGAGUGCGUCGCCGCCGCACACAGCAGACGGGUCGUGCUGCCCUGCGCGUCGUUCUGCGAGGCGGCGAGGGAAGGCUGCGAGCCCGUCCUCCAGAUGUUCAACGCCUCCUGGCCCGACUUCCUGCGCUGCUCUCAGUUCAGCAACGUCAGCUCCGCUUCGCCGCCAACAUCACCACCAUCACCGUCGCCCACGGCAACAGCAGGCCCCGCCCCCCCUGCCUGUUACACGCCGCGACAGAUCAAAGGGAAACCAUCCGUGUGCGGCGGGAAGGACCACUUCCUGUGCGCGACCGGGAUUUGCGUCCCCCAGAAACUGGUGUGUAACGGCUACAACGACUGUGACGACUGGAGUGACGAAACACACUGCGUGUGUACAGAUGCAGAGUUCCGGUGUAACACUGGUCGGUGUCUCUCGCCCGCGCUGGUGUGUGACGGGUACGACGACUGUGGAGACCUGAGUGACGAACUCAACUGCGUGUGCGAUCUGGCUCGUGAGCAUCGUUGCGGCGACGGUCGCUGCGUGUCCAGAGACUGGCUGUGUGAUGGAGACCACGACUGUCUGGACAAGACCGACGAGCUCAACUGCUCCUGUAAGAGUCAGGGUCUGCUGGAGUGCAGGAACGGUCAGUGCAUUCCUUCGGCGUUUCGUUGUGAUGGAGAGGACGACUGUAAAGACGGCAGCGAUGAGGAGCACUGCAGCAAAGAGCAGACUCAGGGUGUGUGUGUUCCCGGUCAGCCCAGCUGUAUCUCCACUUCCUGUCCGUCGGUGUGCGCGGGGGGCAACGCCGCCUGCGACCCCCGAAACAACAACAACUGCACUCGCUGCGAGCCCAUCAGCCUGGAGCUGUGCAUGAACCUGCCCUACAACCUGACCAGCUACCCCAACUACCUGGGGCACCUGUCCCAGAGAGAGAGCUCUGUGUCCUGGGAGUCCUCGCUGUUCCCCGCGCUGGUCCAGACCGGCUGCUACCAGUACCUCAUGUUCUACGCCUGCACGCUGCUGGUACCAAAGUGCGAUCCGGUCAGCCUGCAGAGGGUCCCGCCCUGCAGGUCGUUGUGUCGUAGCGCGAAGGAGAAGUGCGAGUCGGUGCUCGGCAUCGUGGGGCUGCAGUGGCCCGAGGACUCAGACUGUGGUCAGUUUCCAGAGGAGGGGGGAAACGCCACCUGCCUGCUGCCGGAGGCUGGAGUUGACGAGUGCUCCCCCAGCCACUUCAAGUGUCGGUCGGGCCGCUGCGUGCUGGCGUCCAAACGCUGUGACGGACACCUGGACUGUGACGACCACAGCGACGAGGACAACUGUGGCUGCUCUGAGCGCGCUCUGUGGGAGUGUCCCGGCAGCAAGGUGUGUAUCAAAGCCAGUAUGAUCUGUGAUGGGUUCCCGGACUGCCCCCUGCUGGUGGACGAGGCCAACUGCUCCGCGUGCAGAGACAACGAGCUGUCCUGCAACAACCACCAGUGCGUUCAUCGGACUCUGUGGUGUGAUGGAAAGAAACACUGUUCAGACAGCUCUGAUGAAUGGAACUGUGUGUCUCUGUCUGAUCGAUCAGGUUCCGUAUUGACGGUCUUCAGGACGGCAGCAGAGUAUCAGGUCUGUGCAGACGAGUGGAACCACGAGCUGAGCAAACUGACCUGCAACCAGCUGGGACUAGGGGUUCCCUCCACCGUUUCCAUGGUACCCGACCAGCCUGGAGUCCCAGGGCGUCGCCGUUGGUUACACGUCCACCCUGAGUGGAACCUGAGGAACGGUUCUGCUCUGCAGGCCCGACUGGAGAAGAGAAGUCAUGCGUGUCAUUCCAGGAGGAGAGUAUCGGUGCUGUGUACCAGAGAAGAGUGCGGGCUCCGUCCAGAGGUGGGCGUCUACCCCCACAGGAAGAAGAGGAUUCUGGGAGGGCGGGUGUCCCGGCGGGGGGCGUGGCCGUGGCAGUGCUCGCUGCAGAGCGGGCAGAGCGGACACGUCUGCGGCUGCGUCCUCAUCGCCCGGAGGUGGGCUCUGACCGUCGCGCACUGCUUCGAGGGGAGGGAGAGCGCAGACCUGUGGAAGGUGGUGCUGGGUCUGAAUAACCUGGACCAUCCAGGGGUUCACAGUCAGAGCCACGGGGUGCGCUCCAUCAUCGUACACCCACGUUACAACCGGGCGGUGGUCGACUACGACAUCAGCGUGGUGCAGCUGGACUCCGAGGUCGAGGAGACGGCGUUCGUCAGACCGGUGUGUCUGCCUCAGCCCGGCCAGCUCCCGUCACCUGACUCCUACUGCUACAUCACCGGCUGGGGUCACAUGGGCAACAGGAUGCCCUUUAAGCUGCAGGAAGGGGAGGUUCGGAUCAUCUCUCUGUCUCAGUGUCAGUCUUACUUCGACAUGAAGACCAUCACUCCCAGGAUGCUUUGUGCCGGUUACGACGCUGGAACCGUCGACUCCUGCAUGGGCGACAGCGGCGGUCCGUUGGUGUGCGAGGAGGACGGCGGGCGCUGGACGUUGUUCGGCCUGACGUCGUGGGGCAGCGUGUGCUUCAGUAAAGUGCUCGGACCCGGAGUUUACAGCAACGUGACGCACUUCACCCCCUGGAUCCAACAACAGAUCUACAUCCACACAUACCUGCCCGACUGACACACACACACACACAAAAGCUCUUUCAUUCCAGGAGGAAGUGAUGUCAUCGUCAGUCUCACACACACACACCUUCAGUUCCUCUACCUGUGCCUAUAUCUAUACUGAUAGCCUUCAGAUGCUAACUGCUGUACGAGCAGUAGUGCUAACUAGUUAGCUAGUAGAGCUGUUGUCGUUAACGAGUAGACGUCACAUUCAGUUAUUACGUCUGUUACUCGACAGUGUCGGGCUUGUCGCUCAGAAACAUGUAUGGAAGCAAAACAAGGCCGUAAACACUUGAACCUAAUGAACGGCUACACACCAACUGUGAAUUUAAACACUCGGGUGUUUGUAGCAGUGGAAUGUACUUACUUUACUUAAACAACCGUGUAAAAAUACUCCAUUUACACAACAAGCAAGUUAAAGUCCUGAACUCAGAAAAUGUACCUAAAGUAUCAAAAGUGAAAUUGCUUCAUUUAGAGGGUUACAUAGUUGGCUAGUUUCAUCUAUUACAGUACGUCCUAUUUUAAACCGUAAUCUGAAAAAUAGCCAGAAACUGCAGUGAGAAGUAUAAGGAGUAAAUGUACUUCGUAAUGUUCCACCACUGGUUCUAAAUUCUGCUCCUUGCAACGUCAAAAACCUGAUUAUAAGUUUUCAGAGAGAAAGGUAGUAGAGGAGGAACUAAUAAUUAAUAUGAUCCCGUUUGUUUAGGUAAAAUCUGAUGGAAAUGGUGACAGGGACUCAGUCCAGGAUUCACUGCAACUUUCAGACCUUUAUUUCUGUAUCACAUUAAACCAACCACAGAAAUUUCUGUUUUCAUCCAUUUACUUGCAAGUAAUGAAAAUGUCAAGCAUAGAUUUUAAAAACCAUCAAUAGUGUCAGGAAGCAGAAUGGGCUCGAUAAUCUCUUUCACUUCUCCUUCCCUGGACAUUUCAAAGUAAUGUUGAGUGUCUUUGCUUCCAUGAACAUGUCUUUAAUGAGAGUUGAUAGGAGUUCGUUUUUGGCUUUUAGUGGCAGCAGUAACUCAGAGGACAAACUAUCCAGCCAGAGAAUUCAACUCUCUGAUCUUCCUCACUUUAACAGGGAGAUUUCUAUGAUUAUAAACAGGACCGUGGUUUAUUGUUGCAUUAUUACUCUCCUGAGCUCGCUGUUGGGGGGGGUGUGUGUGUGUUUUGGAUGUGACGCGCUCGCACACACACACCAAAACAUGAUCCGAUCGUCUGCUUCUUCAGCUGCGGGUUAAAACUUUGUCACAACGUGCUGACGUGCUAAAACAGACCAGCUGAGCACUCAAACUCCCACAAUGCUUCACUCUAUAGUGCCUGUACUUAAACCUAGCUGUAAAAAAACCAACUUGUUACCUGUACAGUGUCGUACUGUGUGUGUGUCUGUGUGUGAGAGACAGACAGAGAGGAUUUUUUUGCUUCUAAAUACGCCGGCAACUUCUUUGGGCAACGUUUAUCAGUGAGCUUUAUUCACACAGCAGGACAUGUCUGAUGCACAUUUGAGUUCUUGAAGACAAAGCCGUCCUGCCGAUCCACCCAUGUCCUGUUAUGUCUUAUUUUUAAAUGUAUUUUAGAAGCUCUGGGAGCUCUGUACAGUCCACACUGCACCCAGGCUCAGUCCCGUUUUAAAACUAAAUCAUAAAUUAAAGGUUGGAUUUCACAACACUUUAUAUACUAAUAAAUUAGGGGGUUAAACAGUUAAUAACACAUUAUAAUGCAGCUGUGAUCAGAUCUCAGUGUUUGUGUUACCGGCUCCAACUCCUCCAUCAGCGUAGGCUGCUGGAUGAACAGACGAUGAACCAAAACACAGUGAAACACAGGAUGGAAUAAUAGAAAAUAAGUAGAACAAACACUGAACAUUAUCAACUGAACAUACUGACAAUAAACGACAAACGGGGACUAAAAGUGUUUCCUAAUAUUUAUCUGAAUUUAAAGCUUCUUGAAGCAACAUUAUCCAGCUGUUUUACCUUAAACUCAUUGUGAAAGUACACUGAUUUGUAAUAGGGAGAACGGCGCCCCGAUCACCUGCAAGAGGUGUGUAACGCUUUACAGCACGACGUCACACACGACCGGCUGUAGCAGGAAGCUAGUUGUGUAUUCUCAGCACAGACAUCAUGGCAGAGGAGAAGAGACUGGCCCCUAGCAUCUAGAUUUUAGCACACAGCUGCUGUGGCUCCGGGAGGUUUUCGGCUCAGUGCUGACGUGGUUGCUGGUUGGUAAUGAGAUGACGAUUGCGUGUUUGAUGGGCUGUUAGCUUCUAGCUGUACGCCUCUUCCAGUAGCCUUAACCGCUCAGACUCUUAAUGCGCCGGCGUCCUGCAACUACCACUUGUGACCGCAGGGGGUAAUUGAGAAAUUACUUCGCUGAUGCAAAGUGAAAAAAAAAAAAAAAGCGUUACUGUAACA